CACAAAAACAGCAUCCAGAGCGGGGGCAAUACUAUAUUCAAUGCCAUGAUAAAGUGGAUUUGGCUGCUGUCCCUUGUCUUGAAUAUCUAUAAUAUCAAGGCUUCAACAGAUUGGUGCGCAACUGAUCUCUGCAAUGGACAACAUGUCCUUUGCAAAAACAAUAAGAAAUUUCAUUCACCUUGUCCGAACCACGCCACAGCGAUGGUGAUGAUGAAAAAGGAUAUGAUUAACCUAAUCCUGGAAAAACACAAUGAUUAUCGCAAUAAGUUUGCCGCCGGAAUAGAUAAUCAUGCGAAGGCAGCUAGAAUGGCCACAAUUCAAUGGGAUUGGGAACUGGCCAGAGUGGCUGAUGGCCUGGUACGUCGAUGUGAGCCCCUCAGAGAUGAGUGCGUUAGAACCCCGAAUAACCUUUACGCAGAAGUGAGCUACUCCCUCGAAAAGUACUACUGUAUGACCUCGAAAAAGGAUGCUUUGAGAAAACAACUAGACUACUGGUUCGAUCCGAAAAGAAAAGAUGAAUCGCAUAAACUAUUUUUCUCUAUCAAGGAAAAUGAACAGGAACUUUCGUUGAACUAUUUUCAGGUACUUAGGGAUCGAGCAAACCGCGUGGGCUGCGCCAUAGUCGAAUAUAUUCGCCCAGCACUCGUCCAUCAAUUACUAAAAUGUGUUUACAACUGUGGCGUAACUCUCUGUGAGGACGAUCAUAAUCCUGUCUACGAGGACACCGAAUAUGAUGCAGCUGAAGAGUGUGUGAUGGGAUCACAUUCUAAAUAUAAAAACCUUUGCCACGAAGAUGAGCAAGUUAAAAGCUGCGAUGGCGGAGAUCUCCUCGUGGAAAGUGAAAAUAACAAUGAACCUCCUCUUACUGCAACUACGAUUCCACUUCCAUCUUAUAACAUAAGUGAGUUCUUACCAGCAAUACCGGAUAAUCCCGAUCCGUUCCUUAGUUUUGGUGAACUUCCGGACAACCCCGACAUAUCAUUCAGAACAAACAGAAAUAAUUCACUGUUUGCCAAACAUGGAAAGAAUCUUGAGUAUAAGCACUGGUUAACUAAGUUAAUACCAACGAGACCGCUCAACCCUUAUAAAGUAACCAAAAGAUAUAAUAAUAUAUAA